AUGGGAUGCUUAAUGGACUUAAUAGGGACAAGAGGACAAAUUGAUAUGGGUAUUGGCCGGUAUGACACAGUUCUCACUGCACUAACAAAGAGAAGAAGAAGAAAUCAUCGAUCCGAAGUGCUUCUCGCUAUAGAGCAGAGCCUUAGAAACCUAGUUCCAUCUGAUGAUGCAGAUGAGAUAUUAUGGAAGGGAAAGAAUGAUGUGUAUAAGCCGAAAUUCAUUACAAGAGACACUUGGAACCACAUUCGCUCAACGACGAGUAAGGUUUCAUGGCACAAAGCACUCUGGUUCAACCAAGCAACACCUAAAUUUCGGUUCUGUACUUGGCUUGCACUACGGAACCGUUUAACAACUGGUGAUCGUAUGGCAGCCUGGAACGUUGGUAUUGAUGGUAGCUGUGUCCUCUGCAAUCAGCACUUGGAAACCAGAGACCAUCUUUUUUUCUCAUGCUCUUACACUUCAAUGGUGUGGAGGAAACUGGUUCAGAAUCUGUAUAGAGCCCACUUCUCUACGGACUGGUCUACCAUAGUGGAGUUUCUGUCCCAGUCGGGGGAUGACCGAGAGACACUCUUUCUUGCUCGUUACGCCUUCCAAGCUGCAAUUCACACGCUAUGGAGGGAGAGGAACGCUCGUAAGCAUGGUGAGGCUCCGUCCUCGCAGGGAACCAUCAUCAAGUUCAUUGACAAGGCGGUCCGAAACAGACUGAUGUCAUUACGAAGGGACCACCACGCUAGAGCUUUGCGAGGUGCAUAUCAAACAUGGAUUGGAGCUGUCCAAGCUUAA